CUUCCUACUUUCCAAAAAGAAACAAUCCUUCUUCCACUUCUCCUCCUCCCAACCUCAGAUACACCCUCUGCAACAUAUAUUAGGGUUCUAAUUCGAUCCCUCAAAACCCUAACCCCAAAUCCCCCCCUCCCACAAUAAUUCUCUCACCAACAAUCCUUCACUCUCUCUCUUCUUCCAAUCAGCCCAACCACACCCUCCUUGAUCAAAUCACUCAAUCUCAGCUGCUGAUUCCGAUUAUUCCGUGUGAUGAUCACACCAAAUUCGCAAACUUUCGCUGCCUAUUACACUUUGUGGUUUGAACGUCGCAUACCACUCUUCAGUUCUUCAGAAUAUCAUAGAGUCCACUGAUCUUUACCCACGUAUUUAUACCUAUAGCGGUUAUAUUUCUCUAUAAUGGAUGUUGAAGGAAACAAGCGCGUUUUCCAACGACUUGGGCCGUCGUCGAACGAUAACAAACAGCAAAAGGUUUGUUAUCAUUGGAGGGCAGGCAAGUGCAACAGAUAUCCAUGUCCAUUCUUACACAGAGAAUUACCUGUGCCACAGCCCACUGCCAAUGGUAAGGUGUCAUCGAAGCGGUCCCACGGGUUCAUCGAUGAUCAGAAUUUACCUCGUAGGAAUCCUAAUUUUAACAACACUAGGAAUCCCAAUUUUAACAACAAUUGGGGAAGAGUUCAGGGCGGUGGAGUGGUGAGGAAGAUGGAGAAAGUGUGUAUUUAUUGGCUUCAAGGAAGUUGCAGUUUUGGCGAUAAGUGUAGAUAUUUGCAUUCUUGGUGUACUGGGGAUUGUUUGUCGUUGUUGACUCAGCUCGAAGGGCAUCAAAAGGUUGUUAGUGGGAUUGCGAUGCCAUCUGGGUCUGACAAGCUUUAUACUGGAAGUAAAGAUGAGACUGUGAGAGUGUGGGACUGCCAAUCUGGGCAGUGCGCUGGGGUGAUUAAUUUGGGUGGUGAAGUAGGUUGUGUGCUCAGUGAAGGCCCAUGGGUAUUUGUAGGCCUACCACAUGUUGUCAAGGCAUGGAAUGCCCAAACCAACACUGACCUGAGUCUUAGUGGACCUGUCGGACAAGUCUAUUCCCUGGUUGUGGGUAAUGAUUUGCUCUUUGCUGGUACACAGGAUGGGACCAUAUUAGCAUGGAAGUUCAUUGCAGCCGCCAACUGCUUUGAACCUGCAGCAUCACUUAAGGGGCAUACACUUGCUGUUGUGACACUAGUUGUUGGAGCAAAUAGGCUAUACUCUGGUUCCAUGGACCAUUCAAUAAGAGUAUGGAGCCUUGAGUCUUUGCAGUGCGUACAGACACUGUCAGAUCAUACUUCAGUUGUGAUGUCUGUUCUUUGCUGGGAUCAGUUUCUUUUAUCCUGUGCACUUGAUAAAACAAUCAAGGUGUGGGUUGCUACUGAAAGUGGAAAUUUGGAAGUAACAUACACUCACAAUGAAGAACAUGGUCUGCUCACCCUCUGUGGGAUGCAUGAUUCGGAAGCCAAGCCAGUCUUGCUGUGCUCUUGUAAUGACAACUCUGUCCGGGUCUAUGACUUGCCAUCGUUUUCCGAGAGGGGCAAGAUAUUUUCAAAACAGGAGGUUCGAUCCAUUCAGCUAGGCCCAGGUGGUCUGUUUUUCACUGGCGAUGGGACUGGUGAAGUGAGAGUUUGGAAAUGGUCAACUGAGCAAACUGCAACCUCCUCAUGAGUGACGGACAGUAUUUAUUUUCACUACAAUAUAUCUUUUUGGUGUUUGCUUUCAUCUUAUUCUUUGUUCCUUUUUAAAACAAGUUUACAGAACGUAACAAAAUAUUUGAGAUUGCCAGUUUCGACUUCCUUGUGGUAGCUGUGCAGUGGCACAAAAACUAUUGUCAUCCCUUUACGGUAUACCAUAAAUUGUAGAUUGUUUAGGCUUUGCCCCACGCAUGUGUAAUUGUAAUAUGUACCAGCCAAGAGUUUCGCCAAUGAGGGUUCUUGCGCUAAAACAUUUGGCCAUCGUUGUACUCCCUUUUUUUUGUGGUUUACUCUGAAGGUUGUAAUGUUUCGUAUCUCUUCAAGAAUUAAACUCUUGUUAAUCUCAGGGCUUUCUCCAAAUGAUGAACUCUGAAGCCUCUGGUUUUUCCUUUGUGACUGAGAAGUGAUCUAUGUGAUGGCUGUCAUGUAAAAUGGGGAUUACUUA